UCUCUGCUAUGCCAGCUAGAAAGAACAUCAUCCAAGACUUGUACAUCAACGAGUUGAAGGCCUUCAAGCCAACUCCUCUCUCCGCCAAGGACGCUGAAGGUGCUACCAGACCAUGGACCAAGCCAGUCGCUCCACAACAACCAGCUGCUGAGAUCGACGCUGCUGAGUUGGCUGACUACGAGGCCGCCGAGGUUGAGGUUGCCUCCCACACCACCGGUUCUGCCGCUGAGGCUUCUGAGGAAUGGUUCGUCUUGGAGGAACCAGAGGACAACCACCACUAAGCGCUGUGUGUUUUGAUUUCAAUGACCGAUUGAGUGGACCUUUUACCAAGUGACAUUGCGGAAGAGCCCCCAUACAAACAAACGAUAUGGCCUUUGACAUCGUUCACAAGUGACUGCUCAAUUGCACUAUUUCACCGAGAUGAGACAUGUUUAACAAGUUGAUAUUCCACACGAUGCUUAGCUGAAAAACCACAUUUAUACACACAUUCCACAAAAACAGAACCCGAAAAACCAAAAUGAAAACAAUAACAAUCAAAAUUACAACGAUAAACGAUUUCUUUAACUUAACGUGAAGAUGAUUAUAGAAGGAUCUUCUUCUUUAUGAUACAAGAUAUGUAAAUGUAGAAUGUUCCACAGAGAGGCGGAAGAUGAUUUUAUUUUAGCUAAUGGCAGGA